GUGCGUGCGUCGUGCGUGCGCGCCCCCGCCGGCAGCCCGACGCCGUCACCAUGAUCUCCCUGAGCGACAGCCAGAAGAUCGGCAUGGGACUGACCGGCUUCGGGAUAUUUUUCCUCUUCUUUGGAAUGAUUCUCUUUUUCGACAAAGCGCUCCUGGCCAUCGGCAACGUGUUGUUCGUGGCCGGCUUGGCCUUCGUCAUCGGCCUCGAGCGAACCUUCCGCUUCUUCUUCCAAAAGCACAAAAUGAAAGCCACGGGCUUCUUCCUCGGCGGCGUCUUCAUCGUCCUCGUCGGCUGGCCGCUCGUCGGGAUGGUCCUCGAGAUCUACGGAUUCUUCCUCUUAUUCAGGGGUUUCUUCCCGGUGGUGAUCGGCUUCAUCCGAAGAGUGCCCGUCCUGGGAUCGCUCUUGAACUUACCGGGAAUAAGAUCCCUCGUGGAUAAAGUCGGCGAAAGCAACAACAUGGUAUAACGACGCCGGCCGACGGACGCGAGACGGCGGUAUUUAUCGAGUCCUCCCGGAGAAGAUUCGGCACCAGACGCAAUCCUCCCCCCCCGCGCCCCUCUUCCCGUCCCUUUCCCGUUGCCUCCUUUUCCGUAAAUAUAAAAUCGGAUCAGCCCCCCCACCGACGGGAUGCCCAGACUCCCUCGCGCGAGCCAGAGGGGACCGCUUGGCCGUCGACGUCGAACCCGCCGCCGACGUUUCCUACCGUUCGUCGGGUGGAUUUUCUUUCCCACCCCAUCCCCAAAGGGCACAAAAUCCCGAGGAACUGUACAUCCCCAUCCCUUACCUCCUCGUUCCGAAGGAGCGGGAGAGCCGAAAGGCGUCCGUUUUUAAGAAAUGCCCCCCCCCCCCCCGGGCCCGACGUUUCCCGGGAAUGAACAAGCCAGGCCUCCGAAAGCGAGGUUUUUACGUAUUAAAGCGAAGGCAGAUCCACGAAGUUUUCCCGCUGGAAUCAACUUUCUUUUACCCCUUUUUGAAAAACAACAAAAAAAGGGUGAUCGAAAGAGAACUCGGGACUUCGGGAUGAAUUUCGUGUUUCGAGUUCGGCGGCGAGCGCCGGGAGGGCUCCCCUUCGGCCGCGGAUGCCGAGGGCUAGGUCAAGGAGAAAAGUCGUUUUUAGCGACCUGUUACGGGGCGUGCGGAGGCCCAAUUCCCCAGCCUCUUCCGUCCGAUUUUCCGAUUAACCUCGUCCGUCCCCUUUUUUCAGUCGCUCCCGUUGGGAUGACGGCGUUUUUAUCGGGGCGGGAGACCCCCACGGGCCCCAGAGGGCCUUUAAAUAAAGGAUCCUGAAGAUUUCAUUGCCGCGUUUGCUUUCGGGUCACGUCAGGUGCGGGGAAACCGAAUUUUUGACCGUACUGUAUUUUGAAGGGCUAACUCAUCAACGCUUCAGAGUCGACUGUCUUCUUGUAUCGGUUGGUCUCGCUCCCCGUUGGAGACGUUCAUCCGAAAACAGCAACGGAAGGGCCUCGCCGUCGGAUCCGAAGCCGAGCCUCCCGCCCCUUCUAAGGUCCUUUCAGGACGCCUCGCCUCGUGGAGUCGGAAAAGGCCAACCGGGAGUCUAUUAAAUCCCGCCGCCUCAGCUCGACCGGCCUGAAGAAACUCGCCGUCCCUUUCGCUCCCGGCCGGCCUCUUCAGGGAAGGGCGGAAAAGAUCCGUGACCGAACCCGGGAUAACUCCCGACCUGCUUGCCCUGGGACUCUCGUUAUCCCCUUUUCCUUUGGGAACGGCCGAUUUCCCGGGCCUCUUUUAAACCAGUGACGUUGGAAAUCUAACAGGCGCACACCUGCCGGGGGGGGGGAAACGAAGAAUGGCUCCCGAUCCUCUGUAUUUGGCUGCGGGCCGGAUCUAGAGGAGAGGCCCGGGAACGCUCCCUCGCCCAAAACGGAAAAGAAACCAGGCCCUAUAGACGGUGAAAUGGGUCGACGGUGAAAUACUUCGACGGUGAACUCCCCUCCUGGGACUCGCGACCGGAAACGCGGAUAUUCUGGGGGCGCCUACCUCAUCCACCGAUGUAGCUACCGCCGUGCGCCGGAUUGACCGGAUUUCCCGGUGAGCGGAGCGCGGAGCUCAGGGUUUUGGGCGGCCAGGCCUUUCGGGGGAAUCCGCUCGGCAACUUCCAGAAAGAUGGGCGACAGUUGAGGGCGAAGGUUCGGUCUGCCUUUCCGAAGAACUAAAACCAUCGGGUUUUCAAAAGGAAUAGCCGAGGCCCUUCCGGAAAGAUGGGCCACAGUUAAGGCCGAAGUUUCGGUCUCCCGUUCUGAAGGACAAAAGCCGUCGGGUUGGAAAAAGGAAUAGCCGAGGCCCUUCCGGAAAGAUGGGCGACAGUUAAGACCGAAGUUUCAGUCUGCCCUUCUGAAGGACAAAAACCGUCAGGUUGGAAAAAGGAAUAUCUGCGGCGUUUCUGGAAAGAUGGGCCACAGUUAAGGGCAAAGUUUCGGUCUGCCCUUCUGAAGGACAAAAACCGUCGGGUUGGAGAAAGGAAUUUCUGCGGCAUUUCCGGAAAGAUGGGCGACAGUUAAGACCGAAGUUUCAGUCUGCCCUUCUGAAGGACAAAAACCGUCAGGUUGGAAAAAGGAAUAUCUGUGGCGUUUCCGGAAAGAUGGGCGACAGUUAAGACCGAAGUUUCAGUCUGCCCUUCUGAAGGACAAAAGCCUUAGGGUUGGAAAAAGGAAUAUCUGUGGCGCUUCCGGAAAGAUGGGCGACAGUUAAGACCGAAGUUUCAGUCUGCCCUUCUGAAGGACAAAAACCAUCGGGUUGGAAAAAGGAAUAUCCAAGGCCCUUCCGGAAAGAUGGGCCACAGUUACGGGCGAAGUUUCGGUCUGCCUUUCUGAAGAACAAAAACAAUCGGGUUGGAAAAAGGAAUAUCCGAGGCCCUUCCGGAAAGAUGGGCCACAGUUACGGGCGAAGUUUCGGUCUGCCUUUCUGAAGAACAAAAACAAUCGGGUUGGAAAAAGGAAUAUCUGCGGCGUUUCCGGAAAGAUGGGCGACAGGUAAGACCGAAGUUUCAGUCUGCCCUUCGGAAGGACAGAAACCGUCGGGUUGGAAAAAGGAAUAUCUGCGGCGCUUCUGGAAAGAUGGGCGACAGUUAAGGGUGAAAGUUUGAUCUGCCUUUCUGAAGAACAAAAAACCGUCGGGUUUUCAAAAGGAAUAGCCGAGGCCCUUCCGGAAAGAUGGGCCACAGUUAAGGCUGAAGUUUCGGUCUGCCCUUCUGAAGGAUAAAAACCGUUGGAUUUUCAAAAGAAAUAGCCGAGGCCCUUCCGGAAAGAUGGGGGACAUUUAAAGCCGAAGUUUCGGUCUGCCUUUCUGAAGAACAAAAACAGUCGGGUUGGAAAAAGGAAUAUCUUUGGCCCUUCCGGAAAGAUGGGCGACAGUUAAGACGGAAGUUUCAGUCUGCCCUUCUGACGACAAAAACUGUCAGGUUGGAAAAAGGAAUAUCCGCGGCGUUUCCGGAAAGAUGGGCGACAGUUAAGACCGAAGUUUCGGUCUGCCCUUCUGAAGGACAAAAACCGUCGGGUUGGAAAGAGGAAUAUCUGCGGCGCUUCCGGAAAGAUGGGCGACAGUUAAGGGCGAAAGUUCGGUCGGCCUUUCUGAAGAACAAAAACCGUCGGGUUGGAAAAAGGAAUAUCUGCGGCGUUUCCGGAAAGAUGGGCCACAGUUAAGGGCGAAGUUUCUGUCUGCCUUUCUAAAGAACAAAAACAAUCAGGUUGGAAAAAGGAAUAUCUGCGGCGUUUCCAGAAAGAUGGGCGACAGUUAAGACCGAAGUUUCAGUCUGCCCUUCUGAAGGACAAAAACCGUCAGGUUGGAAAAAGGAAUAUCUGCGGCAUUUCCGGAAAGAUGGGCGACAGUUAAGGGCGAAAGUUCGGUCUGCCUUUCUGAAGAACAAAAACCGUCGAGUUGGAAAAAGGAAUAUCUGCGGCGUUUCCGGAAAGAUGGACGACAGUUAAGGGCGAAAGUUCGGUCUGCCUUUCUGAAGAACAAAAACAAUCGGGUUGGAAAAAGGAAUAUCUGCGGCGUUUCCGGAAAGAUGGGCGACAGUUAAAACCGAAGUUUCAGUCUGCUCUUCUGAAGGACAAAAACCGUCAGGUUGGAAAAAGGAAUAUCUGCGGCAUUUCCGGAAAGAUGGGCGACAGUUAAGGCCGAAGUUUCGGUCCGCCCUCCUGAAGGACAAAAACCGUCGGAUUUUCAAAAGAAAUAGCCGAGGCCCUUCCGGGAAGACGGGUGACAUUUAAAGCCGAAGUUUUGGUCUGCCUCUCUAAAGAACAAAAACCGUCGGGUUUUCAGAAGGAAUUGCCGAGGCCCUUCCGGAAAGAUGGGCCACAGUUAAGACCGAAGUUUGUCUGCCCUUCUGAAGGACAAAAACCAUCGGAUUUUCAAAAGAAAUAGCCAAGGCCUUUCCGGAAAGAUGGGCGACAGUUAAGGCCGAAGUUUCGGUCUGCCUUUCUGAAGAACAAAAACAGAUGGGUUGGAAAAAGGAAUAUCUGCGGCGUUUCCGGAAAGAUGGGCGACAGUUAAGGGCGAAGUUUCGGUCUGCCCUGCUGAAGGACAAAAAACAUCGGAUUUUCAAAAGAAAUAACUGAGGCCUUUCUGGAAAGAUGGGCCACAGUUAAGGGCGAAGUUUUGGUCUGCCUUUCUGAAGAACAAAAGCAAUCAGGUUGGAAAAAGGAAUAUCUGCGGCGUUUCCGGAAAGAUGGGUGACAGUUAAGACCGAAGUUUCAGUCUGCCCUUCUGAAGGACAAAAACCGUCAGGUUGGAAAAAGGAAUAUCUGCGGCGUUUCCGGAAAGAUGGGCGACGGUUAAGGCCGAAGUUUCAGUCUGCCCUUCUGAAGGACAAAAACCGUCAGGUUGGAGAAAGGAAUAUCUGCGGCGUUUCCGGAAAGAUGGGCGACAGUUAAGGCCAAAAGUUCAGUCUGCCUUUCUGAAGAACAAAAACAAUCGGGUUGGAAAAAGGAAUAUCUGCUUCAUUUCCGGAAAGAUGGGCGACAGUUAAGGCCGAAGUUUCAGUCCGCCCUCCUGAAGGACAAAAACCGUCGGAUUUUCAAAAGAAAUAGCCGAGGCCCUUCCGGAAAGAUGGGCGACAUUUAAAGCCAAAGUUUCGGUCUGCCUCUCUAAAGAACAAAAACCGUCGGGUUUUCAAAAGGAAUAGCCGAGGCCCUUCCGGAAAGAUGGGCGACAUUUAAAGCCGAAGUUUCGGUCUGCCUCUCUAAAGAACAAAAACCGUCGGGUUUUCAGAAGGAAUAGCCGAGGCCCUUCCGGAAAGAUGGGCCACAGUUAAGGGCGAAGGUUUGGUCCGCCUUUCUGAAGAACAAAAACUGUCGGGUUGGAAAAAGGAAUAUCCGAGGCGCGCCCAGACACCCGAAUUUCAAACCCAGGAAGGUUCGGCACCAAGAGGCCUUACGUUUUCAGGGGCUCCUUUCCACCGGACGAGGUGAGGGGGCGAAACCUGGGAAGGACGGGACGGUUUGGGGGAAACUGAGCCAACGCCGCAGUGUCUCCAUUCUUGGUUCGACGAGGAGGCUCUCCCGGGGGGCGAAAAAUGGUAAAAAAAAGCGAUGUGGAAUCGUCUCCCCGGGGGGAAAAAUGGUAAAAAAAAGCGAUGUGGAAUCGUCUCCCUAGUAACGCUCUCGAGUCAAGCGAGCCUUUUGUGUCCCCUCAUCCCUCAAGCCCGACGCGAUUUCCGUGGAGGUCGGAGAAAAGGUCGAACGCGACUUAGCCCGAAGCGUUCCCGGCCCGGCUCCGAUACGGUUUCUGUAACAGAAACGUUAUUAGGAGGGUUUUCCUUUCCCCUAACAAGACGUCGUUCGCGAACUCUUGCCGUUCCUUUGAAGGGGGUCGCAAACCGACGACGCGGUCUGAACGGUUGCAUACUGUAAAUACACUUGUUACCUCUCAAUAAAUGGGUACUUUUCUAUU